AUGCUUAAACCAAAAAUGAUAGAAAAUGAAAAAGAAUUUUCAUGUUCUUAAGGUCAUAAGUUACCUGUCGUUACUAUUGCACUUGAUCCAGAUUUAUCAAUGAAUUAAAGACUCUUAUGUACAGAAUGUUUAGAGAAUACAGACUUAGAUGCUAAAGUAGUUGGAUUAAAGAAAAUUAUUUCACUAAUUGAAGAAGGAUAGAUAAAAAAGAUGGAAAAAGUAGAAUACUUAAUAACCAGCUAAAUAAAAUUAAUUGAAUAAUUACAUGAUCAAGUAGAUCAUAUGAAAUCACUUGUGAUCUAAUAAUUUGACUAAUCGAUUACAAUAUUGAAGGAAUGGAUUUAAAAUCUAUAGUAAAAAGGAUCAUAAUAACAUCGUUACAGUUUUUAAGAGGAAUUAUAAAUUAUGCUGUAAAAAUAAAAUAAAGUUGAUGAUAAAUUGUAAUAAUUAAUUCAUGAAAUUUAACUAAUAAAUCACUGUUGGACUUCCAAACUACAUCCUAAAUUAGAAUAAUUUAAUGCAUUUGAAGAAUAUACAAAAUGUUAAGAACUAAUAUCAAAUUUGGAAUUAUCUUCUAAAAAAAUUACUCAAAGUUAAUAAUAGGAAUAAAAAAUAAAAGUUCUCAAUUAUAACUUAGUUAUGAUAAAUAAGUAAGAAUAUCAAAAAUAAUAAUAAGAGAUCAAAUUAAAAUUAAUUGAUUAAUCUGUCAAAUAAGAGGAAUAAUGUAAUGUAAUAGUUUUUGAUUCUUCUGGGUCAAUUAUGGUAUCAACCAAGAAGUUUGAGAUUAAAGUAUGGAGUUUUCUAAAUGGAAUAAUCAAAUUAGUACAAACAUUGUAAGGACAUACCGAUUGGGUCUAAUGUUUAGUUUAUAGUAAAAAAUAGAAUUCAUUUAUUUCAUGUUCUUUAGACAAAACAAUAAGAUGCUGGCAAUAAUUGAACUAAAAUGAUUGGAUUAGUUCAUAACCUUAUUAAUAACAUACAUCUUUUGUUUUUUGCAUUCUAUUAAAUUAAAAUGAGGAUUUACUAUUUUCUGGAAGUAAUGACAAAUCAAUCAAAGUUUGGAAGGUUGACUUUAAUCAAAAUUAAUUGACAUUUCUAUAUUCAUUAGAUAAACAUAAUAAU